CAGCGCCAGCAUGUGGACAGCGUGGUGCGUGGCUGCGCUGUCUGUGGCGGCUGUCUGUGGCAGCCGCCAAGAGACGAACACAGUCCUCAGGGUUACCAAAGAUGUGCUGAGCAACGCCAUUUCUGACACCCUGCAGCGAAGUGAUGCUCUCCACUCAGCCCUGAGAGAGGUGCCCGUGGGUGUUGGUGGCGUCCCCUACAACGAUUUCCAUGUCCGAGAGCACCCCCCAAAAUACACCAAUGGCAACCAGCUUGGUGGUAAUUACAAGUAUGGUCACAUCGAGACCAAUGACAACACGGCUCAGCUGGGGGGCAAAUACCGAUACGGUGAGAUCCUUGAGCCCGAUGGGAGCAUCAGGGACCUCCGAGGCAGCGACUACCGCAAUGCUGAGACUACAUAUGGUGGCCACAGGGGCCAUGGGCGGUAUAGGUCCGCCCAAGGGACGCCAACCGUGGGCAGGCGUCACCGGCGAGAACUGCAGCCUGGAGAGAUCCCACCUGGCGUAGCCACUGGGGCACUGGGCCAAGGUGGUUUGCUGGGCACUGGGGGCAUGCUGGCAGCUGAUGGCAUCCUUGCGGGCCAAGGUGGCCUGCUGGGCGGAGGUGGUCUCCUCGGUGACGGAGGACUUCUUGGAGGAGGGGGCGUCCUGGGUGUGCUCGGCGAGGGCGGCAUCCUCAGCACCGUGCAAGGCAUCACAGGGCUGCGCAUCAUGGAGCUGACCCUCCCUCGGGUGUCUGUGCGACUCCUGCCUGGCGUGGGUGUCUACCUGAGCCUGUACACCCGUGUGGCUAUCAAUGGGAAGAGUCUCAUUGGCUUUCUGGACAUCGCCGUGGAGGUGAACAUCACAGCCAAGGUGCGGCUGACCAUGGACCGCACAGGCUACCCUAGGCUGGUCAUCGAGCGCUGUGACACCCUCCUGGGGGGCAUCAAGGUCAAGCUGCUGAGAGGGCUUCUCCCCAACCUUGUGGACAACUUAGUGAACCGAGUCCUGGCCAACGUCCUCCCUGACUUGCUCUGCCCCAUCGUGGACGUGGUGCUGGGGCUUGUCAAUGACCAGCUGGGUCUCGUGGACUCUCUGGUUCCCCUGGGGAUAUUGGGAAGCGUCCAAUAUACCUUCUCCAGCCUCCCACUUGUGACCGGCGAAUUCUUGGAGCUGGACCUCAACAGUCUGGUUGGGGAGGCUGGAGGGGAUCUCAUCGACUAUCCACUGGGCCGGCCAGCCUCAUCUCCUAAGAAAAAGAUGCCAGUAUUGCCCCCCAUGGGCGACAACACCAACUCUCAACUGGCCAUUUCUGCCAACUUCCUGGGCUCGGUGCUGACGCUUCUUCAGAAGCAGGGUGCACUGGAUGUUGACAUCACCAACGGCAUGUAUGAAGAGCUUCCUCCACUUACCACAUCCACACUGGGAGCCCUGAUUCCCAAGGUGUUCCAGCAGUACCCCGAGCCCUUCCCCCUCACCAUCAGGAUCCAGGUGCCCAACCCACCUACAGUGACACUGCAGAAGGAUGAGGCACUGGUGAAGGUGUUCGCCACCUCCGAGGUCAUGGUGUCCCAGCCCAACGACGUGGAGACCACCAUCUGCCUUAUCGACGUGGACACGGAACUCUUGGCCAUGUUUUCUGUGGACGGAGACAAGCUCAUGAUUGAUGCCAAGCUGGACAAGACCCACCUCAACCUCAGAACCUCAAACGUGGGCAACUUUGAUGUUAGCCUCUUGGAGGUGCUGGUCGGGAAGAUUUUCGACCUGGCGUUUAUGCCGGCUAUGAACGCCAUGCUGGGCUCUGGUGUCCCUCUCCCCAAAAUCCUCAACAUUGACUUCAGCAAUGCAGACAUUGAUGUCUUGGAGGACCUCCUGGUGCUGAGUGCCUGACUGAGACAGAGAUGCGGCCACAGCCCCGGAGGAAGCCGGAAAGGAAAGGCUCCGACUGACGCGGUCCCCCGCCCCAGCUCCCUGCAACCCGCCACGACAGGUCCCUCCCCCUGCAAC